AUGGAGCUGCUAGAGGCCUUCUAUCGCAGGAAGCUCCGCAAGAAGCAGAAGAAGUCGGAGCUGGGCCGGUCAGAUGGGGCUCUCUGUCGCUCUCCGUCAGAAAACAACGUCAACAGUUUGGCGACUGGCCUCAUCUCCAAAGUCCUCAGGUUCACCUCCAGACGCAGUGAGGCUGCUUCACGCCCACACUCCUGGCAUCUGACCAAGCUCGGGGAGGGCCAGCAGGAGCCCGGCAUGAUGGAGCUCUCCCAGGCCGAGAUGAGCACCAUGGCCACGCACUGGCACCACAGCUGCCACGCCAGUGCCUACUCCUCCUUCUCCACCAGCUCCAGUAUCCCAGAAUACCUUGCAUCCACCCCCUCCUUCAGUGCCGAGCGCUCCUAUUCGCUAGAGACGGUCCCUCAGAGAGGUGGAGGAGAGAUGCAACAGGCGGAUAUCCGAUAUGUGCGGACCGUCUACGACCCUCAGCAAGGCCUUUCCCAAGAACACGAGCUCAGUUCUGCCUCGGCCGCGGUGCUACGCAGGGACGAGCUCCGUGGAGCUGGAGGGUCGAGGGCCGGCCAUGGGUCAUCAGCUGGGAUCUGUUACCAUGGUCGCAGCAGCAGCAGUGGCAGUAGUAGCGGUGGCAGCAGUGGUGGUGGGGUCUCAGCAUCAAACCGACACAGCGUGGGUCCGAUAUGGGGUCUGGCGGCCAUCCGCACUUCCUACGAGAGCCUUAAGGGGGCGCCUGCUCCUCCACAACGCAGCGACAGCUAUGCCGCCAUCAGGAACCACGAGAGACACGAGAGGCCAAACUCCUGGUCCAGCCUGGAGCAUGCUCGCUCUCUGCGGUCACUGCAUAAGGGCUCGUGGCAGCACUCCAGCGGUUCGGUGGCUUCAGCCAAAGGCUCUUUUGGUGUAGAGGGCCAACUCCACACCGUGAUGGAGAAGAGCCCUGAGAGCAGCCCCACUACCAAGCCUCGACAAGGGGGAGGAAUAGUCCAGUCUGGUCCUUCUCCUGGAGCCUGCUGCGAGGCUUCUGUCAGUGCUCACCAAUCUGGCCGCAUCAUGCUCCCCACAGGCAUGUACCCGGUUUCCCCACCCGAGCCUCAUUAUGCCCAGAUGCCAUGCUCCAACCCCGGCUCUGGCAGUGUCUACCCAGCGUUGGCCAAAGAGAGCAGCCGUCAGCAGCAGAGUGGUGGAGGGAGGGAUGGGGUCUUGAUGGAAGGGUGGCGAGAUGGAGGAGUGAUGGCUGCAGAGAAUGAGUUUCAGAGUAAUCAUUUUUCUACUCCCUACCCCCAACUGUCCACCUCUAUGGCCUCUACCCAGUUCAGGAAUCAAACCCAGGAGGCAGAAGGGCCCCAACAGGAAGACGACAGCUAUAGGCUCUACAGGGCUCACCUCCAACCACCAGGAGCUGGAGCUGAGGGCCAGGCUGUAAUCCCAAGGCCCACAAACCAACAAGGGCCUCUCAGUCAGAACCUACAAGGGCCCUCCAGUCAAACCUCACAGUGGUCUCACAACCAAAUGGUCCAGGGCCACAACCAGGAUUCACAGGAUCUUCAAACCAAAUCAACCCAGGGAUACCUACCCACUCCUGUCCAGAGGAGAGAUCCCUUCACCCCUGUCCAGCCCAGAGGAGAAGGGAGCAGAAGUGUAGACCAACCCAGUGUCCAUCCAGAGCCCGUGGCGUCUGCCAGGGUAGCCCAGGGCCAAGUACCAGGAGCACCAACUCCUCGCCAGCCCCCCCACACGCCUUCACCCCACCUUCAGCCUCAGUCCAGCCCCCAGAUUGGUGAGCUGAGACCACCGUCUUCUCUCCAUCCCCACACUGACUCCGCAGCACUGCAGUGGGACAACAAAGACAGGGAGCAAGAGAAAGAACACCCCCUGACGCGUCUCGAGAAUGCUUUGGCAGAGGUCCAGCGAUGUGCCAGCCCAGACAGCACUGUCACCACCAGCAGUAGCUACAGCGAAGGUGGCCAGGUCAACAAUGGUUACCAGGUCAGCACCCGGAGCCUCUCCGUUCUGGAGAAGGUUAAUCGGUUUGAGCAACGGGAGCAGGGAGGGAAGCCGAGGAGUCACACUACAAGCAAGGCCGGCCAGCACAAGAAUCUGCCUAAUGAGAGAAGCAAGAGCUGCACAGACGACCUCAGAAAUAUGCUGGAGAGGAGCACAAAUGGAAAUAAAGCCCACAGGACUAUGAGCUACAGGGGCGGUAGCAAUGACCAUACACAACACAGGACCCCAGCAGACCCGAGCUCUGCCCUGCAAAGGAGUCGCAGUACCUUCCAGCUGAGUGAGAUGAAGGAGGACGACAGCAGCAGCCGAGAGCUCCCCAGGAGAGGAGAGACCUCGAUGAAUGACACCAGCCAAGAGUUCCCCUGGAAACAGGACCUUCAUGAGAUAAUGGGCUUCAUCCAAGACACCUCCUUCAACAGAGCAUACAGGGAUUCUUUAAAAGAUGCCCAGUCCAAGGUUCUCCGUUCCACCUCCUUCCGACGGCGAGACCUCAGUGCCUCAUCCGUAAGCCCUCCUCCUCCUUCAGCUCCUCCCCUUGCUGCCUCCUCUUCCAACUACCACCAUCCUACCUCCUCCCAUAGUCACCAGCCUCCACCUGUCCCUGCCAAAGUUCAUUCUCUGGAGAAGAAGGGCCCCAAAACCAUGCCCAAGCCGCAGGGCCCUGUCCCAGUGCCAGCACCUCUCUCCUCCAAUCUGCAGCCAGUCAGCUCUCCUCACACUCCCAAGGAAAGACACAUGGUUAGCCCUGAGGUCAGGGGACCUGACGUCCCGGCCCUCCCCAGCGUACCCCCAGUGGGGCCCCCUCCAUCACGGAUAUGCGGCCGAAAGCGUCUGACCAUGGAACAAAAGAAGCGCUCUUACUCAGAGCCAGAGAACAUGCACGAAGUUGGGGUGUCAGACGCCGAGACAGUUGCCCUCUUCAGGCGUGGAGGAGAGACCAGCGUGGCAGACCGUAGGAGGAUGUUCGAGUUGGCUGCCAGUCGCAACAUUGGAGGUGGGCCCCCACAGAACAACGUAUCGCGCCCAGAGCUGCGCCAACUGCAGCAGGACGCGCUAGCUAACUACGUGGAGAGGAAGAGAGGCCAAACAAAAGCAGAGGGAGGACAAGGAAGAGCCCAAAGACCCCACAGUGCUUAUAUACAGCCUGAGACCAACAGCUACACAGGCUCCUCUGCCAACCCAGAUAGUGUCAGUCUCUCCUCCACCUCCAGCAUGCUUUCACUCCAGGACCCCUACCCAGAUCGGAGUUUCUCCCCCGGGGAAAGGCGUUUCUGCUCCACCCUGCCUCCUGGUGCUGACUUCCGAAGCUUCCAGAGCAGCGUCUUCUAUCCGGGCAGGGUGACUGCUCCUAGACCACCUCCUGCUGGCCACCAGCUCCCAAGUGCUCCUCCAGACUGCCAUGCAGAAGCCAGGACACCGUCCUCCAGGGCCGGUCCUUCUCCCGUCAUUGAGCUGGAGCGCCACAAACUGGGUCCGCAUUCUGCACAACAGCUCCCCCACCAGGAGGACACCAGGACCCAGAGAAGCGAGGGAGCUUCCAAGCAGCUCAAUGGGGCUCUGCAGAGGGCAGGACUGGGUCAGGGCCCUGGGAAGUCUGCGUCUGCUGAGGAUCUCCUGGAGAGGUUAGAGGAGAGAGAGGUAGCCGCUCAGCACUCCCGCUCGCACUCCUCCUCUGCUGCGGAGAAGCCAAGCCAGGACUUGACUGCAGGAGACCUGAGGAUGUUUGGGGUUUUCACCACUGAAGCUGGAGCAGGACUCUGCUGUCUGACUGGUGAUGGACCCACUGACACCCAGAAAACCGAGAGACCCGCCUCUUCCUCCAGCUCCUCCAAUCAGCAUCACCAGCAUAGCUUAAACCCCGCCCACUCCGCAUCCAGCCCUGCCCAAGGCCCAAGUCAGUCCCACCCACCUGUCACCCGGAGGGAGAGACAGAAGGCAGGGGAUCGACAGCGUGACCACAACUCCUACACCCUAGCAGCUUCUGUGGGCUUGCCAUGCCCUUUUUCUCCCCCUGGUACUCUAGGAAACAUCAAUCCCGAGUGGCAUGCCAGUGAGAGGCUGAGCCAGGCCAACCUGGACUCCAUCACCUUCCCACACAUGCUGCAGACCAACAUGGGAAAUGGGGUCCGUAGUAGUCAGGGUGCUGCAGCUCCUGUUAGCGGCAACGGGGUUAGCUCUGGUAGAGGUUCUUGCUCUGCUAGCAGUGUUAAUGACUCCAACACAUCAGGUGAUACACUGAAGGAGAUACCCAGAGAAAGGACAUCAGGUUUGGACACCGCACAGGCGUCCCCAAAGACACCGCCACCUCAGCCUAACCUGCAGCCUUCAGUGCUGCCACAACAGAACAAGGGAAGAGACGAGUGCCUCUCCUCGCUGCGUAUCUCAGAGUCCAGUCUUUCCAGCUCAGCGCACCAAUUCCAGCCCACUGAAUUGCAGGACAACACUGACGAGGUCUUCCUCCCAAAUCCAACCCCUUCAUCUAUUUCUCCACCAAUCAGAGAAACAGACAUCAUGGAGGACUUCCCCCCUCCUCCGCCCUCUCUCCUCUACCCUCCAGUUCCACAAGAGGAGGAUGGACAACAGUAUAGAGGGAGUUCGGAGUACCUUGACACCAGGGUAGUUUCAGAGGGGGGACCUUCUCUCCAGUCUCCUCCGUCUCCCCCCUCGUCCCCCCUGCCGCACCCUCUGCUGAACCCCUCUUCCAGCGCUAACACCAUCACCACCAUCACCGUCCCUGUCCUGGACACCCAGGAGUCCGAGGAGGACAGCCAGGAGUUUGAGUACACGCCGCUGCCCAGCAGAGAGCCGUCGCCUGAAGAGAAGCGAGUGGAGGCUUUGGCCCGGCAGCUGGUGUCACUGGACCGUUCUCUGGCACCUCUGCUGGACACGUGGAGCAGCAGAAGCACCCUAGAGAUCAUGGAGGACAUCUUCCCCAGCACCAAAUCACAACGUCAGGGCAACAACCUAUUGGAUGACAGCAUCCAAGAUGGCGUCCGCUCCCCCGACGCAUGCGUGCCGGUGCGGCAGAUGGAGACCGAUAUGGACGAGGAAGAAAAAGACCUCCAAACACGGAAGGUGGCGCUGUGUAAGGCACUGAAGAUGAGCGUGGCAAGUCUUCACCAGGAGAAGGAGGCUCUAGCUGAGGAGUACAAACGACACCGGGCCCUGGGGUCAAGUAUAGAUGCUCUCAUUCAGGACCACUGCAAAGUCAAUGAGCAGGAGAAAUACCGCAUGUUCAUAGGAGACCUGGAGAAGAUUGUGAACCUGCUGUUGUCAUUGAGUGGUCGACUCUCCAGGAUUGACCGGGCUCUUCUGACUCUGGACUCGCAAAACAAACCAGCAGAGGACAGCACAGAGGAACGGGACUCCCUCCGUCAGAAGCGCUCCCAGCUCCUCAGUCAAACUGAGGACGCCCGGGAACUGAAGGCGAACUUGGACCGGCGCCAGCGCGUUGUCCGACGCAUCCUGUCCGGCUACCUCACCGCGGAGCAACUCUGUAAUUACCAGCACUUUGUCAGCAUCAAACCCUCGCUUUUGAUUUGCCAGCGGCACCUGGAUGACCUUAUAAGGCAAGGGGAGGAGCAGCUGGCACAGCUGGCCGAGAGCCUGCCGAUGGAUCUGGCAGAGGCUUGCGGUUGGUCAGCGGGGUGUCAGUUACCGUCAAGCCCCACCCCCUGCUCUUUUACGUCACUGGCCCCAGGUCUGGCUCCAGGCCACGUCUCCUCGGUCCAUUCUACCACUGUGACGUCACUGUGACGGGACCGAAGGUGCUGCUACGAAGGGUGUCAAGGUGUUAAGGGACACCUCUUACUAAGCAGAGGAGUAACAAACUGUUUUCCUGUAGGAACACCUCAGAAGCUGUGGGGGUUCUGAGUCGUGGCUCUGAUUUUUAUAAAACAAGAGACGAAUCGGCUUGACUUUAACCAGGCUGCCAAAUCAGCCUGGUGACAAUAAAAACAUCUAUGCAGACUUAAAACAUGAAGACAAGAAAAACUUUCAGUGUGCCUCGUUCUACUUAUGGCUGUUUCUGUACGUCACCACAUCCAGCGAAUGUUUGAUCGUUUCUUAUACCUCCGACAAUUCCCCUUGGAUUUGCUCCUGCACCACGUGGAGUGAACGCACCAUGACUGCCCUCUAUGCCUUCGGUUGUCCUACACUCUGAACCAUAAAAACGCUUUGAAGAACUAUAGGGGUUACUUGGAGAGCUCAUGAAGAGCUCAUCUCCCUUUAAUAGUUUGACAAGCCUUAAUUAAAUAAUAAACCACAAGGUGCUUAUUUGUUGAAAAUGAAAAACAAAAGCAGAUGAUCAUCUGGUCUUUAUAGUGGGUUGAACCAAUGGGGUUCCUCAGAGUCUAGAUGAAGAUCUUGUGUCUCCCAAAGAAAUCCUACCUGUCAGAUGUUGGCUGUAUUUUAGUCUUAUUUUCUAACUGACUCCCAUGCAUUUGGAAUAAAUUGGGUUUGGCCCUGAGAUAGCUCAUGUAGGUAUUGUAUCACUCACAUUAAAGAGUGAACAAGAAAAUCACACCAACAUUGGCAGGACUUGUGUUCAUUCCACCACAGAUAAGACCUGAAUCAGACAUUUCCUGCUAGUUCAUGUCAGUGCAACAGCUUCUCCAGUGAUCAGAUGCUGUAGGAUAACAGAGCCUCAGAAGGGUCCGAGUAAUCGGUUCACCAUGUUAAUAUAUCACGCUAUACUGUAACACUACUACUGCCAUCACUGACGUUUCUCCGGCUUGGCACUUUCAGCGGUUUCACUACUGACUCGCUAAGGAACUUCCACUGAAUGAUUAAGUACAUUGCUGCCAACCCGUCUGAAAGGUUCUUGGAGCUGAAAUGUUUAAUGUCAGUGCUCAGCUAACAUGAAGCAGGAAAAUGUUUAGACAAAAAAAAAAAUCCCACAAAAUGCCCAAAAGGUGACACUGAACUUUUGUAAAAUUCUAAAAAAAAUACAUGGUUGUCCCAUUCUUUGGAAGUCACACAACCUGAUGGCUCUAGAGACUAUAUAAGAAUAUGACAAAAAUCGUUGUUGCGCAUUUCUGCAUCAGAAGAACUUCUCUUGAGUGUGAGUAACCCUUUUUAACUCUUAUCUAACCAGUCAACUUGGAAAUAAAACUAUAGUCCUCUACUGUAAGCCAUGGGAACUGCCCACUAUAACCACAUAUUUCCAUCACUGGCUUUUGCCAACUGACCAGUACUACCAGUCUCCUACAUGGUGGCUGAUAAAAAAAACAGUUAAUGUUAUCUACCAUCAAGUUCAAUUAUGACAAGUCAUGGAUUACAUAUGAAAAUAAUGCUCAGAAAACAGUUGAAAAAUACAUUUUUGGUCUUACGAAAUGGGUAAAAACUACAAUUACUUUGUGUGGAUUGAAAGAAAGCAAGUUAAGAUUUGGUUUUGCAGACGAUGAUAUUGAAAUAUAAUUUUGUCAUGACACCUGAAACCAGCGGCAGAGUUUAAUUAAUGGUCAGCAGGUUGGGGUCGUGAGUAUGGAGGCAUCUUUCCAUGGGGGGGGGGGGCUUCAUGGCCCACCACCAUAUACAGCAGGCAGGUGCCCUGCCAACGUGUCCAUAAGCAAAACACUUGGGUCUCGGAAAACACUUCUUUUGCUGAUGACCUCUGACUUCAUCGAAGAGGGCAAACAUUUUUUUGUCUAAAAAUCCUACGUUAAUCAACUAAGUUAUGCAUUACAGCAACAGCCACUUUUUUUACACCUGACUAUAAGCCUUGACCAGCUCAAUUAUAACCGCCAGUUAUUCAAAGCAGGUAUCUGUGAUAUGAUUGUGUGCUGUCUCCCAGCGUCGGCUUGCCUUACACCUCGUUGCAAUUUAAGCAUAACUCCACACGUUUUAUACUUUAAGAUUUCCAUGAAGUGUUGUCCACUUAUGAAGUACGAUCAUACUGUAACGACCACGGAUGACCAGACCCGCUAGACCCUUUAGUCGACUGGUUAACGUAGUCGUCCGUGGUGCGCGCUAUGCGGGUUCGAUUCCCGGCUGUGGCAGAUUUCCGACUCCCCCCGAUUUCGCUACGUUGGUGUCAGAAGCGGGAUUCGUACCCACGCCCCUGAAAAGGGGGUGAAAUAAUCACCCAAGUGAUAAAACGGUUGUUUCCUUGAUAAUGUAACGUGCAUGGAUAAGAACACACGCUGGCCGCUGGCUGGCGGGUCUGACCCUUUAGCCUAGCGG